AUGACUGAAACCACGCAGCAAAUUAUUCAAGCAUUGACAAAUGCUUUACAAAAUUUGCAAACUACUCCCAACUCACCAAAUUUACAUUUCGAACAAUAUAACGAAAAUGAAGAACCAUUCAACAACUACAUUAAAAGACUUGAAAAUUAUCUUGCACUACGAAGUCUUACAGAUGCUACAAAGAAACGGCAAGUACUUAUAAAUUGCAUUGGCGCCAAAUACUACCAACUUCUUUCAAACUUAACAGCCCCAGAUGAGCCUGACGCAAAAACUUACGAUGAGUUAGUGGUACUCCUGAAAAAUCACCUCAGCCCAAAACCAAAUGAGAUUACUGAGCAGCAUAAGUUUUUGCUCAGACUACAACACGAGGGGGAGUCGAUAUUCAAUUACAUGGCUGAGUUAAAAAAGUUGAGCGCAUACUGCAAUUUUACAUGUGAGGCAUGCAAAAAGUCAACACUUUCAACUCAUCUUCGAUCACAAUUCAUUCGAGGGCUUAGAGAUUCCGACAUUAAAGAAAGGCUUCUGAGGGAAACAUUGACUACAAUGACCUUGGAUAAAGCUUUUGAAUACGCACUCUCCAUGGAGACUUCAAGGGCAGAGACCCGCAAUAUGCUAAAUAUUCACCAAGUGCAUGCGAAAAACUCGUCUGUACAGAGUACGAGAUCAAACGCAAAAAUGAAUGUUAGUAAAAGGUUUACUCCAAAAGAUAAAAAAACGAUUUGCUAUAGGUGUGGAAAGCAUGAUCACAUUGCAAACAAAUGUCGUGCAGAAAAUCUUUUUUGUAAAAAGUGUCGCUGCAGUGGUCAUGUGAUCUCAGUGUGUAUGAAAUCGAAAUCCAGAGAGACUAAUCUACUUGAAGUCUAUGAAGACUUUGAGGAAGAAGAUGAUAAACAGCAGAGUGACGACGAGCCUUACGAAUUAAACGUACUUAAUUUAGCCCCAAAUAGCAAUAAAAACCCUGCAUCAAAAGUUGAAACUCGUGGGGGUAAGUACUACAUAACCUUACAAGUCAACGACAAAAACCUGGCCAUGGAGUUCGACACAGGUGCAGCAAUAUCGGUCAUGAAUUACGGUACAUUUAUAUCACUUUGGCCAAAAGCAAAAAUUACACCUACAAAAGUUAUUUUGAAAACGUACAACAAUACAACAUUUCCAGCUUAUGGGAAAUCUCAAGUACAAGUAGGGUACAAUGGGCGCAAGGUUAUGUGCGAUCUUUACAUUGUAAAGGAGCCAUAUAGUACACUUUUGGGAAGAGAAUGGGUUCAAGCACUAAACAUUUUACAAAUUAAUGCACUAAAUAUCUUUACAGAGAAUAAAGACAUCGUCAAUUUAAAGAAACAAAUAUUCGAAAACCACUCUGAAGUUUUUCAAUCAAAAAUUGGAACGAUACCCAAUGUGAAAGGUAUGCUUAAACUACGAGAAGGAUCAUCUCCUAUAUUUGUAAAGCCAAGACAGGUUCCAUAUGCUAUACGACCUCUCAUUGAAGAUGAAAUCACUCGACUGGAAAAUGAUGGUAUCAUUGAAAAAGUCGAACAUUCAGAUUGGGGAACACCUGUCGUGCCUGUUAUUAAAGCAGACAAGUCAAUACGUUUAUGUGCAGACUUUAAGGUAACUUUGAAUAAACUCAUUGUAAACGAUAAAUACCCUAUUCCCAAAAUCGAAGAACUGUAUCAAAAACUCAAGUACGGUGAGUACUACUGCACUUUCGACAUUUACAAAGCCUACUUGCAUCUUAGCAUGACGGAAGAGAGCGCUCUAUUACAGACAAUAAGCACAACAAAAGGUCUAUAUAAAGUGAAUAGGCUGAUGUUUGGAGUUAAAACCGCACCCAACAUUUGGCAACGCUUUAUGGAUCAACAUAUUAUCAAUGAUCUCGAGGGAACAGCUUGUUUUUUCGACGAUAUUAUUGUUAUGGGACGAAAUUUAGAAGAGACUCUUAAAAGAUGCAACUGCCUACUUGAAAAACUACAUAAGUUCAAUCUUCAUUUAAAUAGGUCUAAGUGCAGACUGUUUGAAAAAAGUGUAAUUUAUUUGGGACAUAAAAUAGACAAGAAUGGCCUACACAAAACACCCGAUAAGGUACAUGCUAUUUCUGAGAUGAAGCCUCCGAAAGAUUCUUCUCAGCUACGGCAGUUUCUUGGCAUGGUUAAUUACUACCACAAAUUCAUUCCGGAGUUGUCUACCAAAUUGCAUCCAUUAUACAAGCUUCUAAGAAAAGACCAACGAUUUGAAUGGCUUCCUGAGUGCCAGCAUGCGUUCGAAGUUUUAAAAAAGGAGAUCGUGAGUGAGAAUGUUCUCGUUCCAUUUGACGAAAAUUUGCCACUCAUACUUGCCACUGAUGCUUCACCAGUUGGACUUUCGGCAAUACUAUCGCACUCAACGAACCAAGGUGAAAAACCUAUCGCUUUCGCUUCAAGGAGUCUGUCAAAAGCCGAAACUAAUUACAGUCAACUAGAUAAAGAAGCAACUGCCAUAUUUUGGGGAUUACACAAAUUCUUCGAUUAUUGCUACGGGAGAGAUUUCACCCUCAUUACAGACAACAAACCUUUAACUUCAAUAUUCAGCCCUGAGAAAAAUUUACCACUUCUUACAGCUCAGCGUUUACUACAUUACGCACUAUUUUUAAGGGGAUUCAAAUACAAUAUUCGAUACAAAAAUACUAAAGAGCACACUAAUGCUGAUUAUCUUUCCAGGUUUCCGAUAGAAAAUGAAAUUUCAGAACACCAAACAAAAGAAGUUUAUCAGCUUUGGGAAGAUGUUUUACCCGUAACGAAAACCGAAAUUUUAAAAGAGAUGAAAAGGGAUAAAGAACUGUCCUUACUGUUCAUCCAACUACAAACAGGGGGUUCUCUCAAGAACUCGCCAUACAGUGGUAUGGAAAGUGAUCUAAUGCUGCAAGAUGGGUGCAUUUUCAGAGGAAUAAGAAUUCUGAUUCCAUCAACACUGCGUCUGAAGGUGUUACAGGAACUGCACACAGCUCAUAUUGGGAUCACUAAAAUGAAAGCUAUGGCAAGGAGUUAUUGCUACUGGCCGGGUAUAGAUCGCGAUAUUGAGGAGAUGGUAAAAAGCUGUCGUGAUUGUGCGAAAGUACUUACCGAACCAAGCAAAGCUACUAACCACCCUUGGGAUAUUCCUGCCCAACCUUGGCAGCGCAUACAUAUCGAUUUUGCUGGACCAUUCAUGGAACAUUUCUUCUUGGUUAUCGUUGAUGCGAAGACGAAAUGGUUGGAAGUUUUUCCAAUGAAGAGAAUAACUAGCUCUUUCACAAUUCGCGCACUCAGGGAAGUUUUUGCAAGGUUUGGUUUACCGAAUACACUCGUGUCAGAUAACGGCACAAACUUUACUUCUAAAGAGUUUAGCGAUUUCUUAAUAUCAAAUGGUAUUAAGCACAAACUCUCUUCUCCCGCACACCCCGCCACGAAUGGACAAGCCGAACGUUUUGUGCGAAUCUUGAAGGAUGGCCUACGAUCAUCAGUAAAUGACCCUGGAGAUUUGCAUACGAAAUUACACCGACUACUUUUACAGUAUCGAAAAACUCCAUCGACAACAACGGGGAAGAGUCCAGCCGAAUCUAUGUUGAAAUUUAAUUUCCGAACGAGACUUGAUUUGCUAAAGUCAGCAGCACCACACGAGGGGGAGAUGGAAAGGAGUUUUGAAUGCAAGCGAAGUUUUACAGUUGGGGAUCUGGUGCAAGUGCGCUACUACCAGAACAAGGAGGUUAAAUGGAAGUUUGGGAAAAUAUCUAAACGCGAGGGACUUCUGCACUAUUUAGUGGAUGUUGACGGAACUUGUUACCGGAGGCAUAUUGACCAGAUUCGUUCCACACUGGUCGAAGGUAAUAACACUUAUAAACCUUUAUCUGUUUCCUUAGAGCAACAACCAGCAAUGACGGCGGCGGCGAUUCAAGAAGAACUAGGUAAAGAGAACAACUUAGCAACAAUGAAUGAAAGCUUGACAAACAUAAAGACAACGGUAGAUGUUGGAGGAGAAACGAAAAUCACCGUAGAGAAAUCUGAUUGUGAUGCUGCUGCAAACAACAAAGGUGAAGAGAGACAAGAACAAACAACCGAGAUAAGGAGAUCAGAACGAGUGCGUCGUCCAGUAAUUCGUUAUCAAAGCAUUAUGUAG